UUUCGAGGUCAAAGAUUAAAUAACGAUAUUAAACUUUGUGAUUAUUAAAAUUUUUUUUAAUUAUAGUAUAUUAAAAAUGUUGUGUUCAAUUAGAGCUGUCUUGUUGAAUAAUUUCGGUACAAGAAAUUAUGGAAAAGUUGGAAUAAUUGGUGUACCAUUUGAAAAAGGCCAAAAAAAAUUUGGUGUAGAGCUUGGACCAGAUGCAAUUAGAAAUGCUGGAUUAUUAAAAGAUCUCACGACUCUUGAUUUGGAUGUUAAAGAUUUUGGUGAUAUAGAUUAUUAUCCUGAAACAACUGGUGACAUAAUAAAUAUGCCACAUUUGAGUCAUGUUGCAGCAUGUACUAAAAAUUUGUCAAAUCGUGUUCAAGAAGUUAUGAAUGAAAAUAGAGUUGUUGUAACACUUGGGGGUGAUCACAGUGUUAGUGUUGGAACAAUUGAUGGUCAUGUUAAAUCAAAAAACAAUAUUGGAGUAUUGUGGGUUGAUGCACAUGCUGAUUUAAAUACAAAUAUAACAAGUAACAGUGGAAAUGUUCAUGGUAUGCCAGUGGCACUAUUAACAUCAGAAUUAUCAGAUUAUUGGCCACAUUUACCUGGCAUGGAUUGGCAAAAACCAAUGUUGUCAAUUAGAAAUGUAGCUUACAUUGGUCUAAGAUCAGUUGACAGAUAUGAAAGAUUAGUUAUUGAAAAAUUUGGAAUAACAGCAUUUGGAAUGGAAGACGUUGAAAGAUAUGGAAUUCAUGAUGUUGUUCACAUGGCUCUUAGUCGAAUUGAUCCACAUUGUAAUAAGUCUUUGCAUGUCAGUUUUGAUAUUGAUUCAUUGGAUCCUUUAGAAGCACCAAGUACAGGAACUCCAGUUAGAGGUGGACUAUCAUUGAGAGAAGCUAUUCAUUUGAUGGAAGAAGUUCAUAGAACACAUCGAUUAAAUGCCAUUGAUUUGGUAGAAGUUAAUCCAAAAAUUGGUGAUGAUAAUUGUGUAAAACUAACAACUGAAGCUGCAAUUCAUGUUUUACAAGCUGCACUUGGUCACACUAGACGUGGUCUUAAAGUACCAGCUGGAAUAACAGAUAUACCACUUCAAACUUUUCGAUAACAAUCUAAACUUUUAUUUUUAAUUUAAAAAAAUCUAAUAAAUUGUCUAAUAUCAAA